AUGUCUAAUAAGAAAACAAUCAUAGCAUUUGAUCUCUACGGUACACUCCUUUCCACCUCGAGUAUCGCCCACGAAUUAGCUCUACAUUUUGGCGACGAGAAAGCUCAAUCUAUUGCUGCGUUAUGGAGAAGAUAUCAAUUGGAAUACACGUUCCGAAUGAACAGCAUGUCAUUAUAUAAACCCUUCUUAGAAAUAACACAUACAUCACUCUAUCACGCAUUAUCCGAACACAAACUCUCUCUUUCAGAAGCAGAUGUCGGCCGUAUUAUGAACGCUUACAAUUCACUCACCAUCUUCCCGGACGUAUCAUCUGGCCUGGAAAAUUUGGCGAAAGAUACUGAGAUUAUUGCACAUGUGUUUUCAAAUGGUACUAAUGAAAUGGUAUCUGAAUCUGUGAAUAAAUCACCUCAGCUUUCGGGAUUUAGGCAGCUUUUUAAAGAGCUUAUUACGGUGGAGGAAGUAGAAUGCUAUAAACCCCAUCCGAAAGUGUAUGAGCAUCUUGUUAGGAAGGCGAGAGGUGAUGUACGUAGAGAAGAUCGGGAGGGGGUGUGGCUUGUAAGUGGGAAUCCGUUUGAUAUUGUAGGAGCGAGAGCAGUGGGUUUGCAAACUUGUUGGGUGGAUAGGAUGGGGGAUGGCUGGAUGGAUAGAUUGGGUGAAUUGGCGAGUGGAGGCCCGCAUGUUGUGGUGAAGGGGGUUGAUGAAGCGGUGCGGGAGAUUCAAAGGAUGUCUAGGUCUUAG